GGCAGGAGAUUUUCUGCGACUCGACGAAGACAGAUCCGAUUCCAUGGUUCCGCAAGUUCGAGCUCACGCUGCAGCUACACAACGUCAAAGAACACAAGCACCACGUGUACUGAUACUCCCGCUCGGGGGGGGCGUGCCAGGCUUGGUUGGACAAUCUCUUGUCCAUGUACGGAGUGGUAGCUGUCGACUUGCACACCAAGAUCAGCUGGGAUGAUCUGAAGGCGGCAUGCCACAAGUGGUUCCAAGUAGAGCCGCCGGAGAUCAAGGCUAUGGACAAGGUCAUGGUCUUCGAACAAGGCACGCUGCCGAGUACCGACUCGAUUGUCGAGUACCAACGCUUGACACCAGUCCCAGUCAUCCAGAUCCACUUCAAAGUUAUCUGCCACUAUUUCAUCUCAAGGCAAGGGCAAACAGGGAAACUGAGCACCGCCGAGAGUGACUCGACAACACUCUCGACACCUCCGGAACCGGUUUCUUCGCGAGUGACCGGACUUCAUUCUGAGGCGCAUGCAGAAGUCGAUAAUCCUCUUCUAUAUUCUUUUGAGGACUAUGCUGCCCGGCUCGUUCCUACGCUGGGUACUCAAGCUCAAGGACAAAAUGUGUGUGCGGCAUCUUCUAAGUCCGGCAGCGGCGACUUAUCGUCUUCAAGUGGUUCUUCACGAGAUUCGGUGCGCGAGUUCAACAUAGAGGUAUUGGACCCGUUCACGUCCGAGGACUUUGCAUGGCUUCCUCUCCCGACCACGGGCCGCUUGCCAGGACCGCAAUGCGCAGCACUAUGCGCUCAUCUCCACACGUACUUAUCCUUCUAUGCGCCACCAACUUCGCCGACGGAUGACGAAGUCGCGGUGGGGGACAUCCUUGCGUAUGUUACCAAGGUGGCCCGCGAGUUUCGCACGCAGCGGUACGAUGACAACAACGCACCGCUCAUGUAUGUCCGCAUCCAGGUUGGGCAAGCGUCCUGCAGCGCUUUGCUGGAUAGAGGCGCGUCUCGCAAUUUCAUGAGUCAAUCCUUUAUGCAAAAGGCUGGCCUUGGCGCACAAGUUCGGAGGAAGGCACACCCGACGGCAAUCAAGUUGGCGGAUGGAAAGACGCAACAACUUCUCGACCGUUACAUUGAGGCCAUACCGGUUUAUUUCGCACCUCAUGCAUGCGAACCGGUGAUGUUCGACAUCUUCAACACGGACUUCGACAUCAUUCUGGGAAUGCCUUGGCUUGCAAGUGCAGAUCAUACGGUCAACUUCCACGGGCGGACUCUUAGCGUUCGCGACGCGCGACGCCUUCAACGCCGAAGUGGCGUGUGUUAUUCCUCUACCGCACCCUUCGAUUCGGUGCCAAGUGGUGACGGCCAAAUCAUUCCGGGCGACCUGCGCUUACUAGCAUCCCGAGGAGAUCGGCCUAUGUUUCCUAUGGACCGUCACGGUAGCCAACCCAUGGACUUGUCUUCGGACCCCCGGGUGGUGCGGUUGCUGGACGAGUUCGCCGACAUCUUCGAGUCACCUACCGAGGUGGUGUCGGAUCGGCCGAUCUCUCAUGAGGUCAUUCUUGAGGCCGGUGCCGUGCCGCCGAAAGGUUGCAUCUAUUGGAUGAGCGAGGAGGAGCUUGAGGUCCUCUGCGCACAACUCGACGAUUUGUUGGCCAAGGGCUGGAUCCGCUCUAGUAGCUCUCCAUAUGGAACACCAGUUCUCUUCAUCCGGAAGAAGAACAAGGAUCUACGAUUGUGUAUCGACUACCGCAAGCUCAACACGCAAACCGUCAAGAAUGAGGGGCCUCUUCCUCGCCUCGACGAUCAUCUUGAGCGAUUGGGCGUCACAAAGUAUUUUUCUAAGUUGGAUUUGAAAUCGGGAUAUCAUCAAAUCUCGAUCCGGCCGAAUGAUCGCUACAAAUCCGCGUUCAAGACGCGGUACGGACAUUUUGAGUGGGUGGCCAUGCCUUUUGGCCUCACCAACGCCCCGGCGACCUUUCAAGCAACAAUGACCAACGAGUUUCGUGCAAUGUUGGACCGGUUCGUGCUGGUCUACUUAGACGAUAUUCUUGUCUAUAGCCGGACAUUGGAGGAUCAUCUUGGGCAUCUUCGACGAGUGUUGGAGACGCUCCGCCUCCUCGAGCAACAUGAUGGUGUGGACUGGCACCCGGUCCAGUAUUUCAGCAAGAAAGUGCCUGUCGUGCAUUCCAUUGACGAUGCACGCAAGAAGGAGCUCCUUGCCUUCGUCCACGCGCUCAAGCGGUGGCGGCACUUCCUCCUCGGUCGAAGCCAAUUCCGAUGGGUAACGGACAACAAUCCGUUGGUCUUCUAUAAGACCCAAGACACCGUCAACAGCACCAUCGCUCGAUGGAUGGCUUUCAUCGACCAGUUCGACUUCUUUCCCGAUCACAUUCCUGAGAAGUCGAACCGUUUUGCGGAUGCUCUUUCACAGCGUCCGGAUCAUUGUACCGCUGUUUACUCAACCUUCGAGAUCGACAAUGACCUGCGGAACAGCUUCAUCCGCGGCUACCAAGCCGACCCUGAGUUCCACAACAAGUACGCAAAUUGCUCCUCUCCUAAUCCGGCGCCUUCUCACUACCGGAUCCAAGAAGGGUACUUGAUUGUCCACACGUGGGGGAAGGACCUUCUUUGCGUACCGAGUGAUCCUCACGGCUUCUUGGCAAGUUCCACGAUGCUCCCACCACCGGACACUUCGGAGUCAAUCGCACGAUUGGCCGACUUCGCGAGCGAUUUUGGUGGCCCGGCCUUCUCGGCGAUGUCACACGCUAUUGGGAGUCAUGCGAGGUUUGUCGACGCUGCAAAUCCCGCAACCAUCCGCCAGGCUCCUUCACACCUUGUGAUGGAUACGAUGUAUGUUUGGUCUGUGGACCUUGCGAAAAGGCGUACGGCUGCUCGAAGGCACCGAGCGAAGUGGGAGAGGAUGAUGCUCCCCACUGCGGAGAAGGAGACGAAGUGGAAGUUUUCGAAGACGAAGGGGAGUACGACGAAGAAGGUGAAGGAGAGGAAGAGGCAGGAGAUGAAGAGGAAGAAGAAGAGGAAGACGGAGAGGCAGGAGAAAAAGGAGCAGAAGACGAAGAAGAAGCCGACAAAGAAGAAGAAGGAGAGGACGAGGAAGGAGGAAAAGAAGACCAAUGGAGGAGGAGGGUUGUUGGCAGAGAGAGUUCCUUGAGUCGCGGCCUGUUCGCGUUGACUUCAAGUUGGAGGAGGAGGAGGAGGAGGAGGAGGACGACCAAGAAGAGGAGGAGGAGAAGGAGAAGGAAAGGGAGGACGACGCCGAAGAGGCGGAGGACGAGGAGAGGUGGAGGGCGAAGGCGGACAGGGAGGACGAGGAAAAAGUGAUGGGGGGGGGAGGAGAGGGUCACCGAGUCAGGGGAGUGGGAGACCAACUAUGUCGCGCCGACCCCCCACUCCCGCUGUCGUGUGGAGGCCGGCCCUACCACGGAUUACAAGGUCGCCUGACUUCCCCAGUUGCUAGAUCGUUGCCUGGCCCGCGCUAUACGCUCC